AUGACAAUCUUGGGGUCUGAUUCAAGCCCUGUUGCCCAGCAUGUCCUACUAGGGCCUCAUGGGCGCUUUCUCCCGGGAUGCUCUGGUGGUCAACGUCAGUCCAAAACGGUGAUGAUUUCCAACGCCAUGAUGAAAGCCUAUACUAAGAUGCGUGGGCCUUGCUUGGGUGGUGCGGAGGAUCCCCUUUUUGAAUGGAUUCGACUUCGAGAAGACCUGCAAGAGCGCAACCCGCCUCCUGGGGAUAGAAAAGACAUUAGUCGAAUGCUGGCUAAGAUCGAUCAUGUGCUCGAAUCGGAGAACCCCGAUGGCAACUCGCCUCGCGAUGCCAUCUUCGCGAUCGAACGCCCUGCUAUCGACCACAUUUGUCCCCCGGCUGGCAUGGAUCUUUCUCUGCAAGCAAUGAGUGCUUGCUGUGGUGACUUCGAAUUUGAAGAGGAUUCGGAUGAUGAGGAGGCUCAUGUGCCUAGUGGCCGCAUCUCGCCGUGCACCUUUCUUGCCUGGGCCAAGGACUGCACACGUUGGGAAGAUAAUGCCAUUAAGGUUCCUACUGAUGAGAACGCCGCCCGUCAGCGACCCCCUACCCCUGAGGUAUCCGACACGCCUCCCGCGCGACCGCGAUCCAAUCGCUACCCUCCGUGGGGAAACCGCCAAUAUGAUAUCGAGACUGGUGUCGAAAUGUCGCCUUGCUAUCCCGUGCCCUGGGAGCCUUCUAUCCUCUGGACGGCUGAAGGCAUUGAUACGGACCGCGUCGACAACGUCGGCUUCGAUCACAAGUACAGCCGUAUGGAUCCCAUCGCCGGCCGAAAGCUACAUGAAUUACGACAUCAGGGCAAUAUGCAAGAGACUACCAGUCCGACGGGUGAGCACGAUCGGUAUACUUAUUCCGAAGUAGAAGCCGCCAUCACGCAAUCUCCCCUCGCCAACCUCCGCCUCAACUGCUGCCCCCUCCCAGACGGCCCGGUCGCCGGCCCUGAAGAAAUUAACUCUCACCUCGGCCGCAAGUACAACACCAUCGCCCUCAACGACCGUGCCUCGAUGCAUCUCAUCACCCUCCUCCGAGAGCAAACUAUCAAGAUCCGCGACCUAGAGCAGCAAAAGGACGACGUCCGAGCCGCCAUCGCGUAUCUCAAGCACAAACGCCAUGAGCUUAACUUGCUCGAGCAGCAGGAGAAGAGAAAAGAGAAGAAGAAAAAGCGAAUCCGCGACCAUGUGGCGAAUCAUGUGAGAGAGGUGGAUUGGGAGCACGAGCGGUCGUGUGAGAGGGUUGAGGGGGAGAGGGAGAAGGUGAUGAAGAAUGAGGGCGUCAUUGGGGCGUUGGAGAUGGAUUUAUUUGAGAUUUGUUUUGAGAUUGGGAAGAUCUCGCCUGAGGAGGUAUAUGAGGAGCUUGCUCGGGUUGAGGGACGACUUCAGGAUGGAGAUGGCGUUGUGAGAGGACAGUCGCCUUCGGGCUCUGGAGGGAAUAUAAAUGGAGUGAAGGUAAACGAGGCGAAUCCGUUUGCGAGGUAUGUGGAUGAGUCGCCCGAGAAGCCUUCACCUACGCGAGGAGGGUUGGAUGCGGAGUCAGAGACGUUUUGAGGAGUUUGACGGGUGGUUGUUCGAGUACGAGAACGAUUCAUCAACCCUUGGCUGUAAGGACACUCGUUGGAAGGCUUAUAAAGGUUUACACGCCCGUCGAGUCUCACUUUCCCAUGAGUGGAUCAAGAACUCGAUUGGCAUUACAUGGGCUUGUUGGACGGACGACUGGUUCUGGUUCAGGGGUAUAAAUGGCUGCUUUUGGGCCGCAAAGAAAAGGAAAAUUGAAUAUUCAGAGGCACUGGGUCCGAGUCCAGGGAGGCUAAAAGUUUAAAGGGGCAGACAUUUCUGGCUCUGGCUUUGGUUCCCAGAUAAAUGUGGGAUUAUAGGGG